ACUGACCGCGGGGGGCGGGCAGUUGGGGGAGGGGGGUGACGGGACCCGGCUCAGCACCUCGGAGAGCUCCCUCCCCGGCCUUGUUUUGCUCCGGAGUCGCCGCCGGGGGAGGGAGCGAGGGGGCCGGGCGCUAGGCGCGGAGGCAGGGGAAUGGCUGCGGAGGAGUCGAGGGGCCCCGGCGGGCAGAGGGCACAGCCGUAGGCCGGCGGCGGGGCCGGGACUCCGGGCGGGUUGGGGGGCAGCGGGCAGCGGCAGCAGUGGCCGCACAUGUGGAUGGAAGCGAGCUUUGUCCAGACCACCAUGGCUCUGGGGCUGUCCUCCAAGAAAGCAUCUUCCCGCAACGUGGCUGUGGAGCGUAGGAACCUGAUCACCGUGUGCAGGUUCUCUGUGAAAACAUUGCUGGAGAAGUACACAGCCGAGCCCAUCGAUGACUCAUCUGAGGAGUUUGUGAAUUUUGCAGCCAUCUUAGAGCAGAUCCUUAGCCACCGUUUCAAAGCUUGUGCCCCAGCAGGUCCGGUGAGCUGGUUCAGCUCAGAUGGGCAGCGGGGCUUCUGGGACUACAUCCGGCUGGCCUGCAGCAAAGUGCCCAACAAUUGCGUGAGCAGCAUUGAGAACAUGGAAAACAUCAGUACAGCCCGAGCCAAGGGCCGGGCCUGGAUCCGGGUGGCACUGAUGGAGAAACGCAUGUCAGAAUACAUCACCACGGCUCUGAGGGACACUCGGACCACUAGACGCUUCUAUGACUCUGGAGCCAUCAUGCUGCGGGAAGAAGCCACGGUCCUCACCGGUAUGCUGAUUGGACUGAGUGCCAUCGACUUCAGCUUCUGCCUAAAGGGCGAAGUCCUGGAUGGGAAGACACCCGUGGUCAUCGAUUACACGCCCUACCUGAAGUUCACCCAGAGCUACGACUACCUGACUGACGAGGAGGAGCGGCACAGCGCCGAGAGCAGCACCAGCGAGGAUUACUCGCCCGAGCACCCGUAUCUGCCGCUCGUCACGGACGAGGACAGCUGGUACAGCAAGUGGCACAAGAUGGAGCAAAAGUUCCGCAUCGUUUAUGCGCAGAAGGGUUACCUGGAGGAGCUGGUGCGCCUGCGCGAGUCGCAGCUGAAAGACCUGGAGGCGGAGAACCGGCGGCUGCAGCUGCAGCUGGAGGAGGUGGCGGCGCAGAACCAGCGCGAGAAGAGGGAGCUGGAGGGAGUGAUCCUGGAGCUGCAGGAGCAGCUGACAGGUCUGAUCCCUGGUGACCACGCCCCUCUGACCCAAGCGUCUAAGGAGCUCACUAUGCCCCUGGUCAACCAGUGGCCAUCACUGGGAACGCUCAAUGGGGCUGAGGGUGCCAACAACCCUAAGCUCUACCGGAGACACAGCUUCAUGAGCACGGAACCACUGUCGGCCGAGGCCAGUCUAAGCUCGGACUCCCAGCGCCUGGCAGACUGCAAGAGAGAUGAGGAGCCCUGGGGGCCCAUUGGAAGCUCAGAGCCCAAUUAGCAGCUCCCUUCAAGCGAAUGUUCAGGACUUCAACGCAUGCAUUUUGUGUUGACCUCACCCCUGGCUUCAUCUUGGUUUCUCUCAUCCUAGUUUGCGCCUGGAUUUCCUGUAUUUUUUUUUUUUUUAAGCCACACUACACUGGAUGGCCCUAGAUCUUUGAGACAAGGCAGGCCUUGGACGUGUAACAAUCCCACCAUGCUGUUUGUGAUUUUGUGUGUGUGUGUGUGUGUGUGUGUGUCUCCCCCACCAGACUGUGAGCUCCGUGAGGGCAGGGACCUGUUUCGUCCACUCUCUGUAUAUCCCCAGUGCUUGGAACAUAGCAAGCACUCACUGUGUGCUUAAUAAAUGGACAGAGAG